AUGGACAGCGUGACGGGAUGGUCUGCAAAAAUGUUUGACGAAAGAACCUCUCCUCUAAUGCCAGACGUAGUAUUUGUCAAUGUUGGGUUGGAGCCCCAAGUCCAAACCGGACCAUUGUCACGCAAGCCCAGAAAGGCCUUGGGGUUGGGACCCAAUGUUAGGAGGCUCAUCGAGCGAUACGAGUGGCUGCUUUUAGGAGCCUGGUAUCACCCCUCAACGCUUCAAGUCCAUCCUUCCGUUGUGGUGACAGCCGCCCUAUGUGGAGGAGACGAAAUGCGGGCAAAUAAUACACGCUCUCAGCUUGAGCACCAGUCGGGUGAUGUGCUGCUACAUACAAAUUCACUCCCGUUUCGGCAGUUUCUGCCCAACCAAUUCAGAAACCACAGGGUUUCACGUGGAAAGGAGGGUUUCUGGAUAGAUUUAUCCGCCGCAAGCAGUCAAUUGACGCCACAUCCGGAAAGCUGCUCGAUGCUCUACCGCUCACUAGCCAGGACCUGGCCUAAGGCGUUUCAAAAAUGCAAUUUCCCGGGACGGUUUCGUGGUGAACAAAUCGUUGGGGCACUCUGUCGAUCGAUCGAAGGUAUGACAUAA